AUCUUAAAAUCUGGCGCAAAGCAUCAAAAAACGAAGCGACGCUGUUAAACUAUUUAAAUUAGUUAAAUGUGACAAUUGCGAGCGACAGAAUGUCUAGUGAUAUAGGUAACCAACUGAAGGGCAGCCGUUCCGAUGUGGAGAAGGUGUACAAACUGGUGGAGGCCAAGUUCCGGGAGUUGUCCGGAGGAUCCCUUCCGCUGAGAUACGAGGUGAAUGUGUUACGCCAUAUUUGCUUGGCCGUGCAGGCCAAUCUCCACCAGAAUGCGGACCUGUUCGUAGAUAUAAUGGCUAUAAUGCUGCCACGCGUGGUUCCCAACGAGGAGAAGCCCAGUCUGUGGGAGGCGCACUUGAGCAGUCUGCGCUACAUACAUCACGGCCUCUGCCAGGAGCGAUCCAUAGACGCCUGCCAGAAGCUGUACAAUCUCAUACGAUCCCAGCCCUGCCGCCUGCAAGAGGAUGCCGACCACAAAAUCUACCUGGACAUCCACUUGGCCCAUUUUAAUGGCCUCCAUUCGCAGCUGCAGAAGCAAAAACUUCCCUUGGAGGCCACACAUCAGCUCUGCUAUGCACUGGAAUCCCUGGGAGAGCUCUUCGAGGUAAUGAGGCAAAGGAAAAUUACCCAAUGUGGACCACUUUUAGUUCAACUAAAUGAAAAAAUGUUUGGCAAACGAAGCAGGACAUUUUUCAAGACCCUGAGCUUCCUUCCCUCGGAGAGCCAAGCCAAAAUGUUCAAUCCUCUAAUGAAGCUACUUGCCGUGAGCUCUGCUGCGGAUUUAGCCAACCUAUUCCCCGAGUACCUGAGCUUCACCUUGGCCCUCGUGCAAAUCGACAUGUUAAGUCCUGAACCCCAGCUGCAACUAGCGCUGCAGCUGUUGCGCAUGUGCAAGGAGCUGUUCCGCCAGGAAACCAACCUAUGCUACGCCCUGCAGCUGCUAUACUACUAUAUAAAGUUGAUCUACCUCCGGGAAGCUAGACCCGACUUUAAAAGCACCUAUAUCGACCUGUCGCGCAAGUUUCAGAGCUUUUUCGAGCACAAAGGAACAGCUCAUGCCAAGGAGCAGUGGCUUACGGAUUUGCUGGUGGCCAUCCAAGUGCUGCAGACGCUGAUCCACCAGAGAGUCAGUAAAUCCCAGUCGCAUUUCGAGUUCUUCUGGCAGCAGUUUGAUGGCGAGGGCAGUCCGGAGGUCUACACUGCGCACUUUCAGUUGCUCCAGAGCUGCGGUAGCUUGUCGGUUAAUAUUACGAGGAGUCCACUUGGCUGCAGUUGCACACAUGAGGCCUGCAAAAGCGUUAGGAGACAUUGCAUUCUGGCCUAUGGACUAUGUGCAUUGGAUGCCUACAUUAACUGGCAGCCCACGCGGGAGCAAAAAGUAAACAUGAGCCACCACAAACCCUUGCGGGAAAUAGUCAAAUACUCAAUGGAUGUGGCCAAGACCAUGAAGUGCCUGGGUCCCAGCAGCGUAGAGCUCAUCAAGCUGGUACGCCAGCUGACUUAUGUGGCCGAUCAGGUUUCCUGUCCAGAACAAAUGUCCCUACUCUAUCCCCUCCUGGAGCCACUGCAGAAGCUACGACCUCUGAUUGCGGAUCAGGAGAUGAGUGGUCUGCUGCGACGUCUCUUUAAGGCCAGCUGCCAUUGCCAGGAUCCCAGUAUGGCAGGUCGCUUGCAAGCUAGUUACUUAGCCUCACUUACGAAUCCCGCCCGAUUAAGAUCCCAGAUAUGUAUGCAUUACCACAAUCGGGGAAAGGAGGAGAAGGAGAUCACCAGGUGUGUCUGUGAGUGGCACGAGUCCUGCCCACUGCCUUAUCCGCUCACUCCUGCUCAGAAGAAGCAGCUCUAUGAUACCGAUUUCUUUGCUGUGCUGCACUACUUGAGAAGUCCACCUCAGGCACUUAUGCAAUCGCUAAUCCGCUGCCGUAUGAAUGAUUACCAUCUCGUGCUCAUGGCCAGGCAAAUGCGAACCGAUUCCACUGUUCUGGAGGAGUGUAAGAAGGUUCGGUUGAGGCUAAAGCAUCAGGGUUCCCUCAACCGAAUGGAGCACUUGUGCCUGGGACAUAUAAGUGUUGGAUUACUCCUGGACGCACUGGAGGAGCAAAAAACAAAGGUGUCCACCAAGGAGAUAACGGAGACCUUGUUCGAAGAGCUCCUUCUCAAACCGAACUUGUCGCAGAUGAACAUACAACGAGAGCAGCGGUUGGUCCAGUUCGCUAGUGAAGCUAUAUCUGCAUUUAGCUACUUUUUCAACCAGGCCGAUCGGGAGCCUUUGGGCAUAGAGAACACUGCUGUUGACUGGGAGGCUUUGAUUGAUGAUGCUGUAGCUGCCGCCAUGGCUCUGUCGAGUAUGGGCUAUCAAUCGCAGGAGGAUGAUGCGUGGAUGCUGCUCAUGCGGCUAGGGCAUUGGCUGGAAGAUCGUUUCACAUACCUUCGAGCGCUGAAUCAUUUCCUUUCCCAGAAUGAGGUUAAUUCUAGACUGAAGCUGCAGCUUGCCGAGGAAGUGGAGAGGGCGGAGGAAUUGCUGGAUGAUUUGUGGCCACAACUGCAGAGUGGAAGAUUCUUUAAGCGACAGCAUACCACAGUGCUGCUCUGUUUUUGCCACCUGGCCAGUUACUACGCCCGAAUGGGUUGCAUGAGCACCGCCCAGCUGCUCCUACUUCAAGUGGAGCAACUUCGCGGAGAGUUUCCUGAAAGACUGGGCAAGAGUGACAUUGUAUUGAUCACCCUGCAAACAGUGCGCUUUAGACUUGGCUAUCAGCAAAAAAAGCCAAAGACUUCCAUGAUGAUUACGCCCCUUCGCCAGUUGGACACCCUUUUGGACAACGUGCGGAACUUCUGCAACCUUUCCAGUUUGGAUGGUGGCUAUCUACAGCUGCUUCUUUCUACCCUCGUCAGAGAAAGCACCGAAUGCUCGGCAAACAGACUUAGCGAACGGCUGGCCUUCUCCAACAUCGCACUCCACUUGGCCCUCCAAUCGGGUUUGGCUCUAAGAACUAUCGAGGUGUUCCUAGCCUGGUUGUGGACCAAUCUACAAAUGGAAAGCUUCGACAAGGCACAAUCAAAGCUGCGACUCAUCGAGCACUGUUUGGACAUCAAGCGCCUGGUUCCAAAGGAAGCAACCCUGGAAAAGGAAGCUAUCAAGGAGCCAGUUAUGAUUGAUCUAACAAGCAACAUGCAGCUCCUUCAGCUGGUGGAGCCCAUCAGGAAGCAGCAGAUCUUGGGUGUGCCCUCGCCAAAGAUGCUCCGCAUGCAACUGAAUAGUCCGAACCCCCAACUGAACUUGGAUCGGUAUCUAACCCUGGAUGUGGCGCCUUCUACCAUCCGGGAAAACUCCCAGCUUCAGUGCCUUUACUUUAUAAUGGGCUGCCUCCAUGCCCGUCUUCGUUUUCUUCAGAGGAACACCGAUCAGUUGGAUGAGUUCUACGAGAAAACGGAUAGCUUGCUGCAGGAAAAACCCCAGAUGUGUGCUUCCUUGGGAUCAAUGUUCCAGGUGCAGCAGCUCUAUCAUCUUAACUAUUUGCGCUUUAGAAGAAAGCAUGUGGAGGCCAUAUCAACGGCUCAAUUGGGACUUAAGAUGCGACUGCAAGCGGUGGAUAUUAACUUUACGUACAAUUUCAUGGCUCAGCUUAAGACAGCGCAUCUGGAGCUGAAGCCAAUAGUCCAGGAGAAACCAAAGGGCAAAACACUGCGGCGAGCGUUGGUUUUCAGUCAGUCCCCUGAAGAUAAAAGCCGAGCGGCAGCAGGAUUAGCCUCAGCAGUGAAGGAUAGGGCCACCAAAGCGAAGCAGUCGGCUAAAAAGGCGCCCAGAUUCCGAAUUUAUGAGGAGUUGGAGCUGCGACCACCAAGUGCUGCCAGUAACAGUAGCGGAGGAAGCGGUACGGAGAACACUCCGCCCUCGGAUCACGUGGACCUUAAUGCCUGUCAACCGAUCGAGUUGAGCGACGAUGAUGAGCUGCUUUCCCUUCCCCCGAAAAAGGCGCAGACAAAAGCUACGGGGAAGUCAAAGGCCAAAUCUACGGCAAAAGUCUGUGAAGUCAUAUCAUUGGAUAAUAGCUUGGAGGCUGCACCCAAGCCCACAGUGACGAUGAGUGCGCGGAGCACCAGAGCUAGGAUACGCCAGCCUGUGGAGACACCGAAGACGACGACCCUUUCAUCCAGGCGGCCCAGGCGACAGGUGUCGGAGCCACAGGCUCCAGAAACGGAGUCCAUUGGCACACGCACGCGGCACAGGCACUGAUUAGAUCACUUUCUCUUUAGUAGUUUUAUUGCUUAUUAUUUAUACGUCUUUCUAUUCAAAUAUAUUGUUUGUAAGUGUUAUACGAACGCUGAUGAGGUAA